AUGAAUUCCCGUCCUCUGUCUUAUGAAAGUUUGAAAACUGUGCUGAAAUAUAUGGAUCCAAAUAAACGAUUCCUCCUCGCCUCCAGAUGUCCAUCGAUCCGCUCUGCCGACAAAGCCACUCCGCUAAUUAUCGACACCUUUCACUACAACGAGAAUUCCUUUGAAGUGAACAGAACCGUAUACAAAAUUGGGAUUUAUAAAAACUAUCUGAUUGAUGCUGAAACUCCACAAGAAGCUCGACGAUACAAUGCUCUAGGCGGGAUGUCUAAAGAUCUUGACCAGUAUGGCUUCGAAGAUCUGUCCGGUGAGAAUACACUGACACCAGGAGACGUUGAUUUGAGAAAACCAAACGAUGAAGGAUGGAGACCUGAAAAUAUGGAUGAUGAUGAACGGAUUGCUGAGUAUGAGCACGAAUUAGCGAAUACUAAAAGUAGAUUGACAUCGCUCAAAUGUUCCGUAAAUGUACAUCCAUUUUACGAUGAAAAAGAACAGGAGGACAGACUGCACACUAAAAUCAAAAGCCAGAUGGCUAGACUGCAACCAUUCUACUCUCGACGGGAUGGUCUUCCUGUUCCAUUUAAAAGUUAUAUCCAACUUACUAUUACAUCUGGCAAUGGAAAACCAUAUAUUGAGCGGCUGGAGUAUACUAAGAAACUCCAUGAAGCUGUCAAGUAUCUGACUGCAAAUUUUUUUGGGAAUCGUCUCCAUCCAGUAGUUAUUGGACGAUUUCGUGUCUAUGAUGAAGUUAUGCGUUUUCCCGUUGGAUUGCGACUGGAUGUUCAAAGUUUGUCGGUGAGCAACAUUCAAAUUGUACAAGAAUCAUUGGGGCCACUGCUGACUAACACUGUGAAAAAGCUAAAUGUCGAGGUGAAAAGUGCUGGAGAUUUUGAAUGUGCAAUGCUGAAGAACGCAGAAAUCUUGAGUUUACAAGGUGGUGGUUCUGGUAUUAUUCGCCCUCCGAUGGUUUUGAAUCUCACCAAUUUGAAAGCAAACAUCGUUAAAUUGGGCUGGACUGUUGAAGAUUUCAUGACAAUUGUAAGAUGGUGGGUAGAAGAUGUCGAGAAGGAAGUCGGUACCUCUUACAAAUUUGUUGGUUUCUGGGACAAGAAUAUCAUCAAGGAUCUUAUUGAAAGUAUCAAGAGGCAGUACGAGGAAGCUAAGGAGAUUGGAGAAUUAUCUAUGGCUAUUCCAACAAAAUAUGGUUCAUAUGUCAAUGUGUCAAAGAAAGAAGUUAAGUCUUAUUACAACAAACAGCCAUAUGAUAUAAUUUUCGAAGUGGUGCCGAAGGAGUCAGAUUUGCCAGUCGUCUAA